UUAGAUAUAUCAUUCAUCUAUUCAUCCUUCUCAUGCACAAAGACAGCCUUACUACUACACUACUUUGUUACCUCGCUAUUUCGGAAUUUGUGGCGCGUCUCUCUUAUUAUCUUGUGGUUCAGCUCUCUCAAAAGCCGACCAAUCGUACAUCACUUACUUUCUCAUAUAUACCAUAUUAGGCUGCUAAUGCCUUCCCUUUUUUUCCUUACACCUUAGGUCAGAACCAUGUAUUAGAACAUCAUCAAUCGAUCCUCAGCGAAUUAAGCAACCGGGGUAUCCACGCCAGCUUUACUAUCAUCGUCGCCACCGAGGAGUAUAGUCUCUGUCGAAGAUAUACCCUUCCACAACAAUACCGUUUCGACGACCGCAUCCGACUCAUAUUCCUACAAACCUUUAGUACAACCCGAGCGUAUAAUAAGCUACUCCCUGGGUAUACUUUCAAGAUGAGCGUGGUAUAUAAAGAGCCGGAAAUGGUUCCUUCAGACGGAUAUUCCGCUGGCGUCGACGCCGGGCAUCAAGAUGGCGAUAGUGACGCUCCUUCCACUCGGUAUUCCCCCGUGCCCCAAGUCCAUGAUAUACUAGGAUACGGCGGUGCAGACGAUGCGGUUCUGAUGCCGACCUCACCCAACUCUCCCGAUCUAGGCUCGCCUAACCUUCUCGGCCCUCUGACCCCUCCCGAAAGCCUACCUUCAGCAUCGAAAACCGCGGGUCAUCGUUCGGUUCGCAGACGACCUAUCCCCAAACCACACCGCGAAGUUACCAAGAAUCGCGAAGGAAAGUUUUGUUGUACAUUCCCGGGAUGCAGCGAGAAGGUUAAAACCUUCACCCGGAAGUGCGAGUGGAGCAAACAUAUGGACAAACACGACCGCCCCUAUAAGUGCGCACACCCUGAGUGCCAGAAGCUUGCCGGAUUUACUUACUCCGGCGGGCUCUCACGGCACGAACGCGAAGUCCACGGUCAACAUGGCGGUCCUGUUAAUUCCAUAGUGUGUCCCCAUUUGAGCUGCAAGCGCCAUACGCACGGCUUCACACGCAUGGAGAACUUAAACGAGCAUCUACGGAGAUGUCACCGACCCAACGAGGAAAGGGACGGCGAGGACGGGAGCGACCCUGCUGGACCUUUACCCGAGGACGAACCCCUUCCCGAAGACGGCACGACUCUCCCACUGCCGAAUCCGCUUGUGGAAAGUCGGAUCGGGGAGAAGCGCAAGCCAGAUACGGAUUUAGGGGGGCAAGUAAAGCGCUUACAGGUCGAGAAUUCAGAGCUACGCGCUGAGAUCGAGGCGCAGAAACGGCAAAGCAUAGCUAUGAUGCAGCAGAUGUCCGAAAUGACCGGCCAACUCAACCAACUCCGACAGAUCGCGCAAAUCCCAUCGUCGCUCAUGCCCAAUGACCCGUCAGUCCCUGGAUCCUAGGAAGGCCUGGGGACAUUUUGUUAUUAGUCUUGCGCCUUCUCCACUCUCAUCUUUUUUCACACGCAUUUUCAUUUCCUAUGUUUUGAGGAUACCCCACUUUGUUGUUUCUGCAUGGCAUGGCGUGGUGUGUUGGUGAUGAGGAAGAUCGACUAGAUUCGUCUUGAUCGUUUCCCGCCGGACGGUCUUAG